CGGAAGUAGACAAAAACAAAACCUGAAGAAUGAGCGACGGUUAACGCUCAACGGGCUCUAAACUCUGCUCAUUAAAUGUGCAAUCUAAGUGUUCAAUUAAAUUCCUCAUCCCGUACUACAAUUUAAGUAUGAGUGAUACAAAUAUCAUACAUUACAAAAGAAAUGCUUUAGAAAGGGGAAGCUAAUCAAAUAGAAAAAGUCUAUAAGUUAGUUAGCACGAAGAUUAAUAAUGCAGCAGGAUUCUGAUUCUGAUCAUAAACAACUAGAACUGCAAACAAAUAGUACAAAAUUUCAUGUUCUGGUCGGUUUGACUGGCAGUGUAGCAGCACUCAAGGCGCCUUUGUUGGUAACACAACUACUUGAGAUUCCAGGGGUUGAUGUACGUGUGGUCACCACAGACCAUGCAACUCAUUUUUUCGAUAUCAGCGAAGUCCCUGUUUGUGUGUACAGAGAUAAGGAUGAGUGGGAGAUAUGGACAAAACGCUCUGACCCUGUGCUACAUAUUGAACUUAGACGUUGGGCAGAUCUUUUAGUGAUUGCGCCACUGGAUGCCAACACACUUGGCAAAAUUGCCAGUGGAAUAUGUGACAACCUUUUGACCUGUGUGGUGCGGGCCUGGGACACCAGCCGUCCUUUGCUCUUCUGUCCUGCAAUGAACACAGCCAUGUGGAAUCACCCUAUCACUGCACAGCAAGUGGCCACACUUAAAGGCUUUGGCUAUGUUGAGAUACCAUGCAUUGCCAAAAAACUUGUCUGUGGAGAAGAAGGCUCGUCUUACAUUCACAGGUAAAGGUGCCAUGGCAGAGGUUUCAACUAUUGUUGAAACUAUCAAACAGUACAUCCAGACACGUCCUCCUGAAUGACCUCGGACUAAACGUACCAGGGCCAGCGGGCAAGGUUAUCCACACAUUGUUAUUAUUAUUCAUGCUCUAUCUUCUAUUACAUUUUAACCUGGAUUUUGCCAUGAAAAGCUGGCAUAGUAUUUAGAAACAAACAAACAUAUUUUUCUGUCAUUUAUAGUUCUUUGUAAUGCUUUUAUUCAUUAUAUACUUAACAUGAAUUGCACUUUCGGUAUUGAAAACAUUGAAACAUUGAAAACAUUACUUUUCAUUAAGUGCCACAUUUUAGCUUAGCUGAAUGUCAAUAUUGUUUAAUCUUUAGAUCCCUUAUGCAAUGGUAGCUUAUCCUCAAUAUGUAACUUAUUAUGAUAGAUGAUCAGAAACUGACACGUCAACACUGUAAAAUAUAAACCGUUGAGUUAAAAAGUUAAAAUUCAAAGCGACUUGAUGCAUUAAGAUUUUUAAGUUCUCUCAACACCUAAGUAACACUACUUUGUUUUGUCAAUGUAAAUUUGUUCGUUCACUAAAGGCAAAAUUCCUCAUUCAGCCAACAAAUUCAUCAAGACAACUACAAAUUUCUUGUUCAGCAAAUUUUAGUAACACAAUAAAUUGAUCUGUCAUUUUGAUAGUUGUACAUAUUAGUCUUAUAGGACACUUAAUAUGUUAAAUGAACCAUGCUAUCUUUGUUUGUGAAGGAGCAAUCGUCCUAAAAAGCAAACAUAUUCAGGACCUCAACACUGGACACACAAACCUCAGGAACGGUGACAACGGUGACAAAGAAAUGAGCUCUUAACAACAAGUAACUAACAAUAAUGACAAAACACCAACAAAAGUUUUAAUAAAGACAGCAAACAGCAAAAUGUUCCAUAAAUAUUGUUUAAAAUGAAAUUCUUUGUUGUUUAACUAGUUGGGACAACAUUUGCGGGAAUACUGUUUGUCUAACUUGGGUUUUUAUGGUUUCAAGUUAUUCACAUUUCUUAAUUUUUGUAACUCAAUAGGUUCUGUAAUCUGGAAAAUAUGGAGUUGCUUUUUUACAGUGUAUUGAUAUUUAUUUUAAGGCAACAACAUAUUCAUGAUUGGUGUAGUUUACUUGAUAAAUUAACUGCUUUAAAUGUCGGAAGUGUAUGUGACCUAGUUGGCAUACAUGUCCUCUCUGUGAAAUUACACCUCUAAGCGAGGGUCUCAGAGGUCGAGUGAGGGGCCUCUAACCGCAACAGUAGCAAGCGGUCAUGAAAAUAGCCUCAGGUUGUACUAGGAGAUACUGAUGUAUUUAACACCUCCAAAUAUCUUGUUUUUACAGAUGUAUAUCCUGUUUGCAGGUUACCGUUAGAAAUGGGUUCCAUCUAUUAUUCACAUGUGGUUAACCACCUUUAUUCUCAUUAGGCACCAAAAGCACAGGCAUAGAUACUAUAUGAUUGCCUUAGAUUUGGAUUAAAAAUAAUAAUAAAAAAGGUUUCAUCUGAA